AUGUCUCAAACGUUGCGUCCAUAUUUAACAGCAGUGCGCUUUUCUCUGAACGCUGCUCUCUGCGUUGAGAACUUCAGUUCUCAAAUAGUAGAAAGACACAAUUAUCCCGAAGUAGAAAACAAAAAGACUAAGGAAAUCCUGCUGAAUCCGCUAGUUAUUUCCAGAAACGAAAAUGAACACGUUCUGAUUGAACCAAGUAUCAAUUCCGUUAGGAUAUCCAUCAAGAUUAAACAGUCUGAUGAGAUUGAACAUAUUCUAGUAGAUAAAUUUACCCGAUUUUUGACCAAAAGAGCCGAGAACUUUUUGAUUCUUAGAAGAGCUCCUAUUAAAGGAUACGAUAUUAGUUUCCUAUUGACCAACUACCAUAAUGAGAUUAUGAUGAAGCACAAGCUGGUUGAUUUCAUCAUCGAAUUCAUGGAAGAUGUUGACAAAGAGAUAAGUGAAAUGAAGCUUUUUUUGAAUUCUCGUGCUCGUUUCGUUGCAGAGGCUUACUUAUCAGUGUUUGACUGA